AUGGAGGCACAAGCUCUUCAGCAGCGUCAUAGUGCCGCAAGCUCAACAAUUGAAACGGAAACGAGGAGGGCAUAUGAUAGUGUUUCAUCACAUCGGACACCGAGGCCCACUUUAGAGUCGUGGCAUUCCGAGUGCCUUCUAGCACAUCGUGUAUUGCACGGUCGUCUACAUUAUCUAGUAAAGGUUCGCCCGGUUUGGCAGUCUGCUUCCUCUGUUCCCUACGAGGCUGAAGCAGAGUACUGGAACAAAUACCCGCUCGAGCAACGCAACAUAAAUACCAAAGGCAACUUCACAGAGAAUCCACGUGACCAGAAGGAUGAAGCUUUUCUACAAAAAAAACCCAAUCUAUCGCCAUCACUAGCAGAAGUCGAUUCUCCUCGUGAACCUCCUUCUCCUAUGGAAUCCGCACAUGAUAAUUGCGGCAACUCUUUCGAAGAUGUAUAUACACCGGAAGACGACAUGUUGUUUGGUUCGGAUAACGAUGGUGAUUCUACCCAAGGAGAAGCGGAAGAGAUAGAGAACCCCGAUGGUGGGAUCAACAACUCUAAGGAUCCCGAUGCCUUCUGUUCAACUGAGGUCUUCGAAUUAGGCAGUAGCAAGGCCCAAAGGGCAUUGUAA